AUGAGGAGGCCACUGAAAAUUAAUGACAUCGACGUAGAUCUAAAGUGGAUUACCACGCUGGAGACAGUAGGAAAUGCUUUUACGAAAGCGGAUGACACGAUGGUUACCUUUCAAUUCAGUAUACAAAUAGAGUCAAAAGAAGUACCACAAGUUGCUAAAAUAGCAGACACAUGUGUUUUCGUAUUGAAAUUAAUAGAAUGCCACUCGAUGCGCAUCAAGGGCUUGACGGAGCUUUCUGAAGAAAACAUCGGGGAUAUAAGAUUGAAGCUUGCUGCUGAUAUCUUCUCAGAGUUAUUAGCACCAAACAAGAGAUGGAGCAAGGAUGCAGAGGAGUGA